AUGGGGGACGACGACGAGGAAGUGGACAGUACACAGAAGAAGGGAAAGAAGAAGAGGGGAGAUAAAGAAGGCGAAAAGUCUUCCUCGAAAAAAACCGAUAAGAAGAAGAGUGCCAGCAGCAGUAAGAACGCCUCGCCAGCUCUGUCGGGUGACGAGGAGGAAGGCGAAGAAGCCGAUGGAGACGAACACGAGACUAAGGAGAAGAAGCCGAAAAAGUCGCGAGAGGAGCGCAAAAAGGAGAAGGCUGAAAAGAAGAGAAAGUCAAAGAAGACUGAUGCCGCUGACCUGGCGUCUGAUGAGGACACGAAUAACGUUCCCGAUGAAGACCGGAAGAGCACGCCGGGGACAUACGGAUACGCCUCUGGUCAAGCCCCAGGGCCAGAAGGUACCAACCCUGCCGAUGCCAUCGCUGUUACAGGCAAUUUGCUCUCACCGCCAAACUCUCGGGAUAUGCAAGUCGAUAAGCUCACGGUGCAGGCCUUUGGUAAGCUCCUCAUCAAGGAGUCCGAGUUGUCUCUCAUCAACGGACGCCGGUACGGUCUCAUUGCGCCGAACGGAUCGGGGAAGUCCACGCUACUUCAUGCAAUAGCCUGUGGCCUGCUACCAAUGCCACGAACGCUUGACGUGUAUCUGCUCGAUCGCGAGUUUACAGCCACCGAGAUGACAUCAAUAGAAGCCGUCUUGGACAUCACGAAGACAGAGCAUGAGCAUCUCAUGACCGAGAUGGAAGAUCUGCUGGGUGACCCAGACAAACACGCCGUCAGAUUAGAUUAUAUCCAGACCAGGCUCGGUGAGCUUGAGGCGGACGGGGCUGAGCGCCGCGCAUUGGACAUUCUGAAGGGGUUGAGUUUCACUGAUGAACUCAUUGCAACGAAGACGAAAGAUUUGUCUGGUGGAUGGAGGAUGAGGAUCUCCCUUGCUCGUAUCCUCUUCGUGAAGCCCACGUUGAUGCUUCUAGAUGAGCCGACGAAUCACCUGGAUCUGGAAGCCGUCGUGUGGUUGGAAGAUUAUUUAUUGCAUAACCUCGAAGGUCACACUCUUGUCAUGACAUCUCACUCCCAAGACACACUGAAUGAAAUCUGCACGGAUAUCAUCCAUUUGUACCACCAGCGUCUUGACCAUUACCCCGGCAAUUACAACACGUUCACAAAAGUUCGUGCAGAAAAGGAUAUUCUGCUAAAUAAGCGGGCGAGAACGGAAGCAAAACAAAUGGAGAAGAUCAAGGAAAGUCUUGGCAAGACCGGUUCGAAGCAACAAACACAGGCCAAGAAUCGAGUGAAGGCGAUGGAGAAGCGGUCAGAGAAGGAUAAGGAAAAGAACAAGGCUCUUGAGGAAGAGCUCAUUUGGGAUAAACCCCUCACAUUACGGUUCAACGACUGCGGACGAGGGUUGCCUCCACCUGUACUCAAGUUCCGCGAUGCUGGCUUCAACUACCCGGGGGGUCGCAAGCUGUUCCAUGAUCUCAACUUUGGAAUAGAUCUGGACUCCCGCAUCGCGUUGGUGGGACCCAACGGUGCAGGAAAGUCCACACUCAUCAAGCUUAUGCUCGGCGAGCUUCAACCGACAGAGGGAACCGUCACACGAAACCAUCACCUGCGGAUUGCGCAGUUCCACCAACAUAUGGGAGACCAGCUGGAUAUGGAACAGUCCGCUGUCCAGUGGCUCUGCGGGCAGUUUAAGGAGUGGAGGGACCAGGAAAUGCGGAGGGAAGUCGGGCGAUAUGGCCUCACUGGCAAAAGUCAAGUCAUCCCGAUGCGACAGCUCAGCGAUGGUCAAAGGCGUCGUGUCAUCUUUGCCUACCUGGGUCUGAAGACACCGCAUAUGUUCUUGAUGGAUGAGCCUACUAACGCAUUGGAUAUCGAAACUAUUGAUGCACUCGCAGAGGCUAUCAACGAAUACGACGGCGGUGUUGUGUUCAUUACACACGACUUCCGGCUGAUCGACCAAGUGGCCAAGGAAAUCUGGAUUGUCCACGACGGCGAGGUCGAGGAGUUCGAGGGAGAUAUUCACGAUUACAAGGCCAUGCUCAAGGCGAAGUACGCCGCUCAAAGAGAAGCCGCCGAGGCUGCUGCUGCUGGGAAGCCCUAG